AUGUCUGUCGACCGGUGGUUGUCCAUAUCACCAGAACCACGACUACGGCCACCAGGUCGAAGACAGGCGUUAUUUCUCCUAUUUAUGCUGUGGUUUGCAGCCUUAAUCAUAUUCAUUCCACUUCCAUUGGUAGCAACAGUAAGGAAAGAGCAAGUGCCUAUUUUAUCGAAGGCUUUUAAAAAUUUAUCGAUAGAAACGAAAGAAGUGCACUUCUGUACAGAGGAGUGGCCCGGAUUGGAGCGAAAGAAGCAAUUCGGUAUGCUGUCUUUCACCUUAGUUUACGCUAUACCUGGUGAGUCUAGUCAGUACUAA